AAAAAAGAACUUCUGUCAACUGAUAAGAAUUCCUCUUAUCACAAAUCUUAGUUGAAUUUUCCGCCGUUGUACAGUUGGUAGUGCUGAGCGAGACCUUAUUGAUCAAUGAAUCGUCCAAACUCCCUCAGUUGGUUUACACUCGCCUCUCCUGUAACUUGGUACCUAAUAAUUUUCCGCCAGUUUUCAAUGAAGUAAUCAAAAAUAAUUUCCAAAAUUUUAAACGCAUUUAAAGAUACAAUGCUUAUCUCCAUUCGACAUGGAAACACAUUUUCUAAAAGCAAAUUCAAUUCUAUCACAUUCCAAUCUUGAUAAAACCCUUCAUUAUAAUAAUGAUAUUGUAUAUAAAACAAUUAUUCAUUAUUGUGUUUUCCUCAUUGAUAGAUUAUGAUUGUUUGCAAUAAUAUAUGAAAAUGACCUUCUCUUAAGAAUACCUACUGGAAUUGAUUCUCUUAUAAAAAUAAUAUAUUCAAAAUUUACUUAUGAUAAAUAUUCAACCCUUGAUAAUAAGAACAAAUAUUUUCCAUUGUUUUUAUAUGACACCAUAUGUUUAAUUACUGGAGACAAUGCACACACCUUAUUCUUAGACAUGCGCGUUCAACGUCAAACAGUCAAUAGAAACACUCGUGUAAUAAUUCACCAAAACAUACCCCAAUAACAACAGGUUUAAGCUGAAUUGAUUGAUACUGAUGAGUGAUUCAUGCGAAGAAACAUGGAAAAGGCCUAAAUACGUCAAGUGAUAAGUGAUCAAAAGUAACGAUGUUCAAUUGUGAUUAAUGUAAGGCCUCUGAAUGGCUGCAAUAUUGUGCUAAGUUUGAUUUGAUGGAUACAGAGUUGCAAUAAUGGCUCACACGUCGACUAAGCUGGUAGUGAAGGACAGCUACGAUGAUGAUGAUAAUAGUGAUGAUGUGGAUGACGAGGUGUUCAUCAGAGACGGUCGCAACGGAUUCAAGGGGGAUGACGAGCGAGGCCUCAAGAGGCCCCUCAUGGCUCCCCGCCGCAAGGCCAAGGGUGGUCAGGCGGACGUCUGCCGCAAAACAUCUUGCUCAUCAAUUUGCACACCUGGGAGGGUUAUGCUCGUCUUCGCCGUGUGCACUCUUCUUGCCCUCAUUGCUAUUGGUGUAAUUCUGAUCCAAUCCUUCCCAUUUCCCCUGGAGAGGAUAAGAAUUUGGACUGUUGGGCCACCUCCGAAGCCUAAGCGAAUCAUACCUUGUACAGAAAUUAGUGCUGAGGAAUUAUGGGUGAAAUCGUUCCCUAAACUGGUGUCCGAAUCACCUAUGGAGUUAGUUGACAUCAACUCAGACAAUGUUGAAGAUGUUAUAAUCGGCUUUGGAACAGGUGCCGAUGAUAUGGAUGUACCUGAAGUUUCAUGUGACAAAUAUUUCGACUCGACCAUGUCAGCACCGUGCAUGGGCGGAGUUCUAGCGCUGAAUGGCAUUGAUGGGAAAACACUGUGGCAGCACUGGACAUGGAGAGCUGUUCUAUACAUUGAUUGUUCCAUUGAUAUCACUGGUGACAAGGUGUAUGACUGCAUAAUCUCUGGUAAAGGAGGGAUUCUUGCAUUGUUGAACGGUAAAAGUGGAGACGUUGUGUGGGAGCUGCAGAGGCCAGUUAUUGAUGCCUCCAUCAAUGUCUACACGGCUCAGUUCAUCUCAGACGUUGACAAUGAUGGCAUUCCAGAUGUUCUAGCAGCUCAUACAUCUAAUACAGCGGAACAGCCAACAAAAUUCCAAGGGCAUCUAAUGAUAUUCAGCGGGAAGGACAAACGAGAGAUCAGCACGGUUGAGACUCCUAACGGUGAGAGCAUCUUUGACGCGCCGCAGAUCCUGGUUCUCCCUGACGGAACUGACUUGCUCGUAUUCACCACUGGAGACGUCGCUCUACCGGGCAACACCUAUUGUGUUCCUCUUUACAAGCUGUUAAAAGGAGACAUUAGCAAGCCGAUGAUUCUAAGUGAAAAGGGAAAUAGCGUUUCUCCAGUACUAGUGGAUCUGAAUAACGAUGGAACUGAGGACAUUGUAACAGCAAGUGGUGAUUACAUAUCAGCAUAUGACGGUCGAACGUUUCUACAGUUAUGGAAUACUUCAGUGCCAUCCACAGAAUCUGAUCUACUUCAAACAUACAUAUCACCAACACCAGCCUAUUUUAAUGAUGACUUGGUACCAGACAUUUUGGUAACACAAUUAGAGGGACCAGGGAUAUUGAACAUAUAUGACACAAAGAUAACAGUACUCGACGGCACGAAUGGCAAGAAUCUUCUGGACAAACCAAUCAUAGGAUCUGGCACAGUGGAUGCACCAGCUACAGCUGUCAGCUUCUCAGGAGUCGGCAAUGAUUUCUUCUUGUUCUGGAAUGCUGUCUGUGUCGGACAUGAGAGUGAUCAGACUCCUUUCACCAAAUAUGCAGGAGAUAUCAAUUUCUCGCAACAGGCAAGGACAAAUUUCUGCCAUUUACGAUUCAAUUCUACAGCAGACAUGAGACUUUACGUUUUGAGUCAACAUUUGGAGCCACCUGGAAUAUUAUUAUACUCAUCAGAAACCAAGUGGGAUGUGGAACAUAAUAACUCCGAAGUUGUAGAGCCAACACAAACUUUUCUGCAGAGCAAAUCCCAAUAUUUGCCAACAACUAAAUUCAGACAGAAAAGUCCCAGUCAGCAAUUAUUUCAUCACCACAACAAGAAUCGAUAUCAUUAUCCACAGCAACAGGAUCUCUCGAAAUUUGAAAAAUCUCAAAUGAACUAUCCAUACCAGAACUAUCCAGUGCUACCAGAGCGCAACCUGUGGCCUCAGCCAGAUCCACUUUACAAUGAGGAUAUCGCUUUUCCUCAAAGCAGUAUCAACAGUAGAAGGGAAUACAUGCAGCAGGGAAACCGUGAUCCGAUGAUCAACACUAAUUCUGGUGAAAACAGUCAAGAUUACGAUAGCUACAAUGACGACGAGGGAAUGCCCAACUUUUCAACAUCUGAAAGGGAUGAGAGAGCAAGUUUUCAGAACUUACAGAGAGCAGCAGAACGGGAAAACAGGCCAACUCAAAAUAUCAGGCAGCAUCAACUAAACACGCACAAAGUUUUGAAAAGAUCACCAUCCCACAAACAUCAUUCAGUUCCCAGAGUGGUUUCAGCAGGUACUCUUGCAAAAAGUUUGAAAAAUGAUGGAUUAGAUUUCAUAUUCGCCACACAUUGGUUGCCUUCCUCUGAGAAAGUGAUUCUGCUGAAACCAGAAGAUAUGCAAUGCAUAGAGAAGAAAAUUGAAACUGGUUCAAGAGAUAAGUUCUCAGAUGAAACUGAUGAGGAACUGAGAAACACAGCUACAAUAGAAUGUCUGCGAGAGAAAUAUUUCCAAAUAACCGAUCCGAACAGCAACUCAGUGUCAAUCAACGGCGGACAGAUGACUGUCUACCGGAUGAAGUUGCGGUGUGAGUGCACUCAAAUCCAGCCGCAGACUGAAACAUGCUCCAAACCUUUGCAGUUCCAGAGUCAGAGCUGGCCGUCUUGGGGUGGAAACGACUAUUAUAAACCACGAAGAUUUCAAUAGAAACCCAUUCCAACCAAUUCUUCCAAUGCAUUUUUAUACGUGAAUAUUUUGACAACAAUCUGAUAAUUAUUUCCUAAGAGUCAAACAUUGGGACAACUCUAUUCAGUGGUAUUUGUGAAAAUGGAUCAAAACUGAAGACUUGACUGAGGUUCUGUAAUAUCAUAAACCGAUAGUUGAAUCUACGUGAACUAUUUGAUACUUACAUGAACUAUGAAUUAUCGUGAACGUUGAAUUUACAAACAGUGAGAAUCAAUUGAUGAGGGAAUUGUUAUUCAUUUUACUGAAACUAAUAGGCCUAUGGAACAUCGAAAUGAUUUUAAAUCAGAGUGAACUGAAUUUCAUCCUCAAGUCUGCGACUGUAUGCAUUAUAAUUCAUCGUACGACGACAGUAUUAUGAUCAAAAGCCUGAAGCAUUUUUGACAACCAGGAAUCCUAACAAAUGUGGAAUGAUUUUAUCACUAUGUGCUCCUUAUUGUAUCUAGUUAGUUGUUUGAUGUAAGUGAAUUAAACAUUAAAUCUAUUUGACCAUAUUACUGUCAUUCCAGUUUCAUGUUCCUCUUUGAAUUACAGAUUGAAUC